AUGAAGGCAUUGGCUGAUACCUACCCUGGGCGAUGCGUCAGCAUCGAUGAUACGCUCAACCGGGGAGCCAGCACCCCUAUGGCCUACGAGGACGGUGCUUCGCAGAUCACUAUUCACCCGACUGACGGAUGGGUAUAUGUCCCAGCGAUGAAUUCGGACAUUUAUGAUCCUCAGGAAACGUUCCUCCACGGAACGAAUCUCCGAUACCUCUGGUCGAUUCUUGCACACGGAGGCUUGUUCGGGGAGGAUUACGUGACGGACGAUCAUGGAAGUCACGAACCCUGCGUAUGGGUGACUGGACACGCCCCCGAGGCUGCCGGCAGCUACGCGUCUGGCACGUACCUCGGUGGGGGAUACUGGUUCCAAGUGAUGAUCUGCGUCUCCCGGACUAUGGUGAACAGCCACAGCCGAACGACAAAGAAGCUGGGGGGGUCCCAGAAGCAGAUCCGCGUCGGGACUAGGUUUCUCGAGUUGUGUGGGAUCGCAUUCAGGCCAUUCCGACUUAUGGACGACCGCGAGAAAGGGAUUUCGACCUCCCCGCACUACGUCGUCCACGGACACCGAUUCCUCAGUGCCGACGGAACGAAAGCCGUGGCCUGGCACCCGUGGAUGGAGGCGAGCCCGAUCGAUCCUCGCAUCCUGAAGCUGCUGGGAGACAUUGUCGCUCAUGAUAAUGUCGAGUUUGCAGACCUCACGAUUCAAGGAGGCAGCACUACCCAACAGAUUGCUUCUACCGAGACAGAGCAACCUGGGGCAGCCGCGGCUGAUGAUCAGGCCGCGGCGGGUAGUGGUGAAGCAACGGAGCGAAUCACCGUCAGCCCGUCAGUGCUUCGACGCAAUCACUGGAUGCCUGACAGUUACGGAACGAGCGAGAACGCUACCGUCGGUGGAAGGUAUGCCUUGCUGUCCGAGCUUCAGUCUUCUAGCUACCGAAUUGAGCUUGCGCCAUUCUUCCAGCUGCGUGCACCCAUCCUGGGAGAGGAAGGGAGCCAGGGUCUGCCCAAGCCUUCAAGGCUCGAGACGAUUGCCGGAGGACCAUCCAAGGAAUGGGAGGCAUGGUGCAAGCACUACCGAAAGGCAUACAUUGUCAUGCUUGGCAACUUUGGCUACACGACCGCCAAGAGCAUCAAGGGUAUCCAUCCGGCCGACGCCCUUGUGGCAAUCUCGAUCCACGGGGUCAGAGCGGUCACGACCAUGGCUUCCACGAUUGCAUUUGGGGGUGCUCCGCCAACGAUCAAGCCGGCGGUACCCAGUAAGCCGCAGAGGUUCGUCGUCAUGCACGACGGUCUGCUGACCUUCAGGGCCGCCAAAUCUUGGCACGAUGGUGAGAUGAACGCCCAUCUGAAAAGCGCGCUGACGAGUUUCGGAUUCCCGGAAUCUGAGGUGCGCGUGCAGGCGUUCGAUGAGGGCUAUAAGCUCAAGGAUAUGAUCGAUACGCUUGCGCUGAUGCAGAGCGACACCUCUAUCCCGCCAUCGAAUGUGCACAUCCUCAUCCUUUGGAGAGGAGAGGAUUUGUGGAAGCUGGACCAGAGCUGGAGUAAGCUUACCGAUGACAUCGAUCUGGCACGAUCACAAUACGCCAAGUCGACUGCACGAGAUGCUCUCGAGGAGUACAACACGAUCUACGGAUCAGUGUCCUUCUGCGGACCAGUGUCUCCGAGCAUGGGAUACCUUCCGACUCUGCCACGCCAUCUCUUCGAGAAAUACAGAGAGGAGAUGAGGAUGUUCUGGGACACGAUCAGAAGGUCCAACUUCCUCACCCUGUCAUUUGACGCUAUCCUGGAGGGACUGCCGUUCCUGAGGGGAUAUCACGUCAUGCACGAGUCCAAGACGAUUGGGGUCUUGUGUACUCGUAUCUGCUCGAUGUUCACGCUUGCGGCUCUCGCGCGAUUUCCAUCUUAUGGGACCCGCCGAGAGUAUCAGACCGCUGCCGGUAAGAUGUGGGAGCGCACCCCAGUCCCGGAAGAAAAGCCGAAGGGCGCGGUGAAGGCCAUUGUGCAUUCCACGGUGCAGGACCUAAUCGAAGGAGCAGAUCGCGGUCCCGAUCAUGGACCCACGAAGACUGUUGAUAUGAGUCAGCUCGGCUUCGAUGACGACGAUGAUGAAGAUAUGGCCGGUGACGUAGCUCCAGCUGCGACCAAGCAUCCGGUUAAACAGGAACCGGGGACAUUUGCGGAUCUUCCGGGUGUUCGUCAUCCAGAUCCGAUUGUAUUGCCCGCUACUCCUGUGCCCGGCCAGGCAAUGCCUGUGUCGCCCGGCCUUGCUCCGGCUGCUACGAACGAUGAAGAAUCUAGCAGCAGUUCCGAUGAUGACGAACAGGAAGGGGAUGGCGAUACGGCAAUGCCCGAGGCCAAGAAGGAGGAAUCCGAUGAGGAGUUCAAUGAGCUUCUCGAAGAAAUGACUGAUGCAUUCGAGCAAAUGCCUACUCCUCGUGAUGCGGAGCGAACUGUCGCAGCCAAUCGGGACGCCGCUCGACCGCCUGCCGCUGAGGCUCGCCGUGAGCAGGCUGCGAAGAUGAAGGCACAUAUCGCUGAAGUGGCGAAGGGUGCCACAGGCGUUGAAAACGCCGAACACCUUCGAUCCAUUGCCGAUCGGCUCGCCAGGAUCAUGGACCCGAACAUUAGCGAUGACAAUGUGUUCCAGGGUGCCAUGUACCCUCCGGGUGACUAUGCGCUCGACGCUGUCACGAACCGGUUGGCCCAAGGCAGGCGUCGGGUCGAAUCGAACAGCAAUCUCAUCAGGGAGAUGGCCAGCGACCGAUUUACGCCUGUGCUUAUCAACCGAGAUACUGGUGAGACUGUGUCAGCCAUCGAUGCACGAUGGACCCCAGAGUAUGGAAACAGGGGGGAGCUUGAGGCCAAGGUUGGUGCGAUCAUUUCCAACCUUGAUGCCGUGGUUGCAAGCAUGUCAAUCCUUCCUGUGUUCCAUCCGCACAUUCCCUCAACGUAUGGUAUGGCUCGAUCGCUUCUCAAUACCUACCAGUCGUUGCAGAUUGCCAUUCGACACCGUGGCAUGGGUGCGAUGUCUUUCGAACAGAUGGUGUUCAAACCUGAGGACCUUGAGGUUCCGACGCCCGAUGAUUGGCCGGACCUCAUUGUUGACGAGAGAAGACCUCAAGCUGCUAGGUUGUCCCAGUUCCGGCGCAGUGUCGCGGGUGAAGGUGCGGCAGACAACGAUCUUCCGUCCACCGAGCCGGCUAGUGUCGCAUCUGAGCGUGCGACGACGCCGCCUCCGCCAAAAGUGGCUCCUCCUCCUCCGCCAACAGCGGAAGCACCUCCGAGGGCGUCCGAAGAGAGUGCAAAGGAGGAUGACGAUGAUAGCAAAAUGGUGGAUGACACGGCCGAUCAGAAGCCUGAGCAGAAACAUGAGGAGGAUGCCGAAAUGGGUAGCGGACAGGAGCUGCAAGACGAGGUCCCCGGCAAGGCCCCGCCGCCAGCUGCCCGAACCGCUGAAAACCCACCGGGACACGGCGUGCGUUCCAGUUCUCCGAAUGUGAUGAAAGCUCAGGGAGCCGUGCUCUCCGGUGCUCGUGGGCCGGAUAUUGAUAUUGAUCCAGCCAGUACUGCCGCUGAUCAGGCAGCGAACGAUCCGAGAAACUGCCGAAUCGAGGGCCCUGGUAUCAAGGCGACAACGAUUCAUCGCCCCGACCAGAUGCCCGAGAGAGGCCUCGACUCCAUAGCGCCGGUCGUACAGUAUGAGAUGUCGUCCGUUCCGGUAGCGCUACCGGAUUUCGUCGUUCCGGGACUCGACAUGGGCAUCGAUGACUCUGUCCAUGGUCGACUAGUCUCAGCGACCUGCCUCCCACCGACCGACGAACAGCGCAAGUUUUCGAGGCGACGAUUCGCCAUGCUCUCCUCGAAUCAGACAGUGUACUUGAACGAGGCACUUCACAAGAAACCUGUCAAAGGGGAUCACGAUUCUUUCCUCCGACCGGAAUCUUACGAGGAUUGCCGCGACAUUCAUGACGCUGUCCGGGCCUACAAUGCCAGAGAGGCCAAACACCGAUCUGUCGGCGGAACAUCUGUGUCGUGCAGCCGAUUGCUUAUCGACGACGCACAAAACAUUCCUGCUGCCACGAUUCCGGACGCAGGAAUGAUCAAUUUGGUGCGGAAGCUGAUGUUCCGAGUGCUGACACAAACGAAGGAGUAUCCUUCCACUACUGCCGGUGGACCGCAGAAUCGCCCUCAGGAUCGUGAGAGGGGCGUCCCCUUGUAUUCACACUUCGAUCAGAGUGGCAUCAUCGCUUUCGAUGUCAUCCCGAUGUACAUGGAGCGUGAGAGGGAAUACAUGAAGGCCAACGCCGGAGAAAACAGUGGCCGGAUUCUUCUCCAGACAAAUGUCCUGGAUGAGAACGAUGAACCAUCCGAGCUUACUCUUCAAUGCAUCAUGGAGAUUGCCCGGACGGACAACAAUCGAAUGUUUGAGUUCUUCUACUCUACGAUCAACGAUGAUGGAAGUCCUCAGUUUGUUGGCAUCCGAGCAACUUACGGUUUCGGCCCCGAUAAUUUUAACCGAUUCCGACUGCUGACCAAGUGCCAGCACGGGCCGUUCGUUCAGCUCGCUCAAGACCAUUAUGUUGGUGGCGAGAGGAAGAGGAAUGUGGCCCGACAUCAUCCCCAGUACGGAUGGGGUUGCGCAACGAUUCGCGAAUUCUUCGGGUACACGAGUGAUUGCAAAGUCAAUCCUCCGAAGGGACAGCUGUUCCUCACCCUGCUCCCGUAUGCUCCCGGAUCUGGGAACAACAACGAGUGGGAAGAGGUGUACAUGAACGUCCGAAUGAACCCGAAGCGUGAGACGCUCUCGAAUACCGCGUCGACACAAUCCAUGCUCCCUGAAGGAUUGGGAUCCAACCGCAUGAUCGUGUUCGCAAUUGAUUUGCACAUGGUCGCGGCAGGUAUCAAUCCGAUUUCCUUCCAUCCGAGAGGAUACUACGCGAUCAAAGACAGUAUCCCUCUCGCCUGUAUGCCGAUAGCAUACUUCACGGACUCGGGAUCCCUAGUGUUCAACACGGCCUUCAAAUACAUCGGAGGUACGAAGUUUGGCACUGGCCCCGAGCGAGGAAACCACAAGCGGGAGACGUGGCCGCUCGCUAGCUUCGACUGCCCCAUGUGCGGAGCUUCAUUCCCGGUUGGUCUCCACAUGUGCCACUCUUGCACUAAGCCGAUUCACUAUCCUGACGGGAUGUUCUAUGCCGAUCCUGUGAAUCCCUUCCAGGUUGAAUACUACGGAAGUCAUGCUGAGUGGCUCAACGAGCUUCUCGAACGAAACAAGCUGACCGAGUUCCAGCUUCACGAAUAUCCUGCGAUAAGGCAGCUGAGGAACUUCCCGGUGUCUAGGUUUCUCGCCGAGGACCAUAGGCAGACCGCAUUCUUCGGGGUGCCGCCGAUCAAGUGCACCGCAGUUGACACAUCGCCGACUGAAGUGGAACUGUUCAAGAGGAGCGUGCGCGGAACGAUUCAAGGCGCCAUUCGCUUGGACAUCUCUAUCGAAAGGCUUGUUGCCGGGAUCACUGGCAAGGAGGCUCGACGUGGCGUGGAAGAUUUCUUCAAUUCGCAGUCGAUCGAUUGUGCAACCACGAUUGUCAAGCACUUCGGGGCGGUAUUCGCCACGUGCCGCGAAAAGCCACUGUGCUACUAUGCACGAUGGUCGAUCCACUGCCAACGCGCUUACCGAGUUUGCUUGUCACGUGGAUAUCUCUCCCCCUUUUACACAGGGGAGACAAUCGAGUACACCGUCGAUCCAGAUAUGGCCGAGAAAAUCCGACUUGCGCACCUGCCUCUGCAGAACGCCAAUCUGGAGAUGAGACGGCGAAUUCGACUCUCCACCGAAUUUGACACAUUGGAUGAGUUCCGUGCCACUAUCACGGACACGCAAAAGUAUCAGCGAUACAUGCGUGUCGAUAGUGAGAGCCUCUCCGCGCUCCUGGCCAAGGUUACACUGACAACAUGCUACGGCAUCCCGAUAAAAGGUGAGCCUGGCUACAUCUCCGACGAUGAAGAAGAGGAGAUUGAGGGAGCCGCAGCGGCAACUGAGAAGCCCAAAGGGAAAGGCAAAGGGGACGAUGGCCCCAACGUUCAAGCUAUCAAUUGGCGUGAGUUGGACCCCUUGGGACGGAAGCUCAUUCCGCACCAUACUGAUCCCCGAUUCGCGAUUCUCGAGGAGUGCCUUGUGCUGGUAAAGCUAGUCUGUCUGGCGAGGAAGACGACGGGGACUUUCUUGUCCUUGCAAGCUCAAGAUCCAGGCCCAAAGACGCGUCGCCCGCCCAGCGAGGCGCCGGCAUGGGAUGACAAAGGUCCGGAUCUGGGCAACACACUCGCGGGGCAAAAGGGGGACCUACGGGCACGCCGGGAAGGCACACAAAUUGAUGGCACACGUGAGGCACGCUUCCACGAAAUGCACUGCGCCCACAACAGUCGCUCCUACACGGAGUUCAAGGAAUUUGUUCGCGAUCACGCUCACAAGAUAAAGGAGUGUUUCGAUGAGGAUCGCGCAACCGAGAAGACAUUCUUCACUCUUGUUGAAGGAGUGAAGGGUCAGCUCCCUGAUGCUAAGAGCACUGACCCGAUUCUGAUGAAAAGGGAUGAUGAUGUCUUCGAGGCUAUGCCCGAUGAACUGGAAGAGCCUCACGAGUUAUUCGAUGUUGUCACCGCGCAGAGGCAAUCAUCGAUUCCCGAAGCUCAUACCAUUCCCGUUCCUCCAGAAGAAGAGGAUGAGGAUGAUAGUGAGCUGGAACGGGUGAACCGACCCGAUCCGAAGCCAAAGCGCCGCGGACGGGAGCAUCUCGGAGGCAUCGCUACUGAGACGAAUCCGCCCCCGCCUCGCAAAAUGCCGCCGCCGUCGAAUCUACCGACUCGAAAAUUACAGCGGCAAUCGGGCUACAGCGCUGCUCACCCUGAUGGAGAGACACUGAGGGUGUCAGGGAGGGCACCAUAUUCCGAUCAGAUGAGGUUGCCGUCGGUACUGCGAAUGAGGACUCGGCUUCAGGAACCAGAUCUGAACAAUCCGACGAUUGAGGAGGUCAUUCGCAUGUAUCAUUCACCGAGCACGCUUCCUAUCCUCAGGAAGAAGGCCGCCAGCGUCAUUAUUGCGAUGAAUGCGAAUCCCGAUGACGACGUCAAUAUGAAGGCGGCUGGAGUGGCUGCUCCCUCUGCCGCGAAUGCGGGGACGGGGCGAGGUGCUUCGCCCGAGAGUACGUCCGCUACUACACAAGAGCGGAUUAACCCAAAGUUCCCUGCACCAAGCAAUCGCACUGCAUCGAAUCCACCAUCGAAGUUGCCCCGCGAUGACAAAUGGGCUCCUUCGAUUGUGCGACCGGCACCGGGUCGAGUGAUUACGAGUGCAGAGGCGCGGGGACGCACACAACAGCGCGCUGCUGAAGCAACAGACCCACGAUCUCGUACGAUGGGUCCGGCCAAAGAGACAACGGCCAAGGGCAAGUCCCGAACAGGGUCCAACGUGGCAGGCCUCAUCGAUGAAGCUGAUGAAAUGAGGCAACCGACGAAAGGCAAAGGAAAAGGGAAAGCCGAGAAAGGAAAAGGAAAGCAGGAGAAAGGCCGAGGAAAGGGUGAUAAGGGAAACAGAGGAAGGGGCGGUUCCGGACGAGGAAGUAAGGACCGCACCCGUAGCCCCACCACUCGUAGGUAA